CGGCUCACAUCACAUGACGGAGACAUCAGUGGGAAGCCCGGAACCGCAAACAUACACAAACACCGAUCGCUUAGCUUCAGUUUAAAGUUUGAUUUCUGCCGCACGCACAGAAGAAUAACAUGCUCCGGGGAAUGCUAUGAACCGAUCUUAUACGUAUAUAACACAGUGACUUGACGAACGGAUAUCUAACAUGGGGAUCCUCGCCAACCUGAGUCUAUUACUCCCUUUCCUGCAGGUUUGCUGUGGUGUGGGGUCUCAUUUCAACAAAAAGCAGUAUUUUCCCCUGCUCAGUCCGCUGCUGGUCGAGGAGCAGUUGUUGUGGGUGAGUAAUGUAACCGCGGAGGUCAACACGUUUCGCAUCCCCCUGAUCACCUUCACGCCGAAGGGGAGCCUGCUGGCCUUCUGCGAGGCCAGGAAGUUCUCCUACAACGACAUGGAAGCCAAGUUCUUCGCCGUGAAGAGAUCCGUAGACAAGGGCUCCACCUGGUCCCCCAUGUCCUUCAUCCUGGACGACGGCCCGCAGGUGGACGGUCUGAACCUCGGCGUGGUGGUGGUGGACGAGAAGGCCCAGUCGGUCAUACUGGUGUACACCGUCUGCUUCCACCAAUACAAGUGCAUCACGUCCAGCGUGAUGAUGGUGGAGAGCCUGGACGACGGCCUCUCCUGGAGCCGGCCCCGCAACCUCUCCGAGCAGCUCGGGGUGAAGAGCUUCGCCCCCGGGCCCGGGUUAGGUAUCCAGAAGCGCCUCCCCCCGCACCAGGACCGGCUGGUGGUGUGCGGACACGGGACCCUGAAGGGCGACGGGGUCUUCUGCAUCCUGAGCGACGACAGCGGGAAGACCUGGCGCAACGGCGCCGCGCUGAAGAGCAUCCCCUACAACCAGCCCAAGCAAGCGCUGGACUUCAACCCCGACGAGUGCCAGCCCGUGGAGCUGAGCGACGGCAGCAUCCUGGUGAACGUGAGGAACCAGAACCAAUACCACUGCCACUGUCGCAUGGUGGUCCGCAGCCUGGACGGGGGGGAGACCCUGCCCGUGGAGGAGCUCUUCUUCGACAAGAACCUCAUCGACCCCGCGGUGGCGGCGGGCAUGCUGGAGAAAGAGGGGAGGGUGUACUUCACCAACCCGGCCCACCCUGAGAAGAGGGUGAACUUCACCCUGCGAUGGUCGCUGACCAACGGCAAAUCCUGGGAGAAGGAUAUGCUCCAGCUAUGGCCGGGUCCCAGCGGCUAUUCCUGCAUGACCACGCUGAACAGCAGCACGGAGGACAGGAAAUUCAUCUUCAUCCUCUACGAGCGAGGCAAACGAGACUCUGUGGAGACUGUGGUGUUCGCCAAGGUUCACCUCUACGGGGGUCUCUAGAGGCAGGGAGGUGCAGAGGCAGGGAGGAUAUCGAUGGACAGUAAGGGAGGGUCGUGAGGGCUCGUUGUUGUUUGGUAUUCGUUGAGAUUUUUUUUAAUGGAGUUCAGUUGUCGCACACUCGCGAUCCAAGCCCUUGUCCUGGACCCGAAGAUAAAAAUAAAAAUAUAGGAAUAAAUGUUUUCACUCAGAUAAAAAAAUAAGCUAAAUAAAGCUAUUAUCAUUGUUUCAGGAAAUUUUUAAAUAGUUGCUUUUUUUAUCAGACGUUCUCACACCGAAAAUUUCACAUAUUAUUGUCUUAACUUAAUAACAGAUUUUAAGGGAGCCUUCGUUGAGUUCAUAAAAAUGGAAGAUUGUUGGCGUGAUUCAUUUGCCGGGGGGGGAAAGAUGGAGGGAAAGGGACAAGUCUGACUGUGAAUUGAUCAUUAUUUUCCAUAGGGGGGCUGGUUACAAAUGGGUUUGUAUGUAGUCAGUCAUUCUAGAUUUUAUCUCAGCCGCUGGUUGAUAAGUCUCAACUUCAUCCAACAUGUCACUGGCCCCACUCAUAAUCUCGGUAAUACUUUGGAUCUAGUCUGUACAAAGGAUAUUACUACUGACCUCCCUUCUAUUCUUCAGGUCCCGCUCUCGGAUCACUCUUGUAUCUUUUUUAACCUUCUCACGCAUGCACAGACAAAUCGCUCUGAAUCUAACCCUCAUUUUUUUCGUGUCAUUAACAACCAUGUUAAGUCCCUUCUAGCUUAUCAUUUGCCCGAUAAACUUGAGUCACUUUCCAACACGUCUAUGUCUGUCAACAACCUUACAGAUGGCCUAAACAGUGCACUGUCAGAAUCGCUUGAUUUCUUUGCUCCUCUUAGAACCAGUAGAGGCACUCAAACUAAAUCUGUACCUUGGUUCUCCGACCUCACUCGCUCUUUAAAACGGGCUUGUCGUAAACUUGAAGACCGAUGGCGCACCUGUAAAUCAGAGUCCUCACGCCUCGCCUGGACUCUUAGCUUUAAACAUUAUAAACAUACACUUUCUGCUGCCAGAUCUUCUUAUUUCUCCAAUUUGAUAAAUACCAAUAUGAACAAUCAUCGGGUCCUGUUUAAUACUGUGGCCAGGCUUACACACUCUUCACCGGUUCUGAGCUCUUCUUUCACAGCUAAUGAUUUUCUAGAGUUUUUCACCGACAAAAUCUCCCAAAUAAGGAACAAUAUCAUUAGCCAGCAGCCCUCUAGUACCAUGUCCAGCCAGUGCUCUGUGUCCUGGCCCACGAGUUCACUCUCUCAGUUCAAACCUAUUUCUGCUGAGGCCCUGGCCUCAAUGGUUGCCACCUCAAAGUCAACAACAUGUUCACUUGAUCCCAUCCCUUCUGACCUCCUUAAGGAACUCUUUCCUAUUCUGAGUGCCCCUAUACGUGCCAUCUUUAACACUUCCCUCUCUGAGGGGUGUGUCCCCUUAACCUAUAAAUCUGCUAUCAUUAAACCACUCCUCAAGAAACCCAAUAGCGAUCCACUGGUUCUUGCAAAUUAUCGACCUGUUUCCACUCUGCCUUUCUUAUCUAAAAUACUUGAGAGAAUUGUUGCUGAUCAACUGACUCUCCACCUUUCUGCCAAUAAUCUCUUUGACAAUUUUCAGUCUGGUUUCCGCUCCUGCCACUCUACUGAGACUGCCCUAACUAGAGUAGUUAACGACCUACUUGUCACUGCUGACUCUGGAUCAGCCUCCUUACUUUUAAUUCUUGACUUAAGUUCGGCCUUCGAUACAGUAGAUCAUUGUGUGCUUCUACACCAACUGGAGCAUUACGUUGGUAUCCACGGGCUGGCGCUCUCCUGGUUCCAGUCCUACUUAUCUAGUAGAACCCAACGUGGCAGUUUCAAUAACUCUUUGUCAGAAUGCUCUACGGUUACCACUGGUGUGCCCCAGGGGCCUGUCCUGGGGUCCCUGCUGUUUUGUAUCUACAUGCUCCCUCUGGGUAUGAUAAUUGCCGAAUAUGGUAUAAAGUUCCAUUUCUAUGCUGACGACACACAGCUGUACAUCCCACUACAGCCUAAUGACCCCUCCCAUAUACAAAAUCUGGAAUCAUGUGUUCGCCGAAUCAAGACCUGGAUGAGUCAAAACUUUCUCAUGCUUAAUACUGCUAAGACUGAUUUGCUGGUGAUUAAGCCCAAUAACUACAAGUACUUCUCUGAGAGUCUCUGUCUUAAUAUCGAUGGCUGUUCAAUCUCUGAAAGCACGCACAUUAGAAACCUAGGCAUUACUUUUGACCCAACCCUGACUUUCCGGACUCACAUCAAGGAAACCACCAGGUCGGCCUUCUUUCAUCUGCGCAACAUUGCUAAAAUCAAUCUGCAAUUUUCAAGUCCCGUCUUAAAACAUACCUUUUUACUCAAUACUUUGGUUUAAACUAAUUUUUAACUGUUUUAUCAUAUUCCUGUGGUGUUUUAAUAUUGUUUUAAUAUUGUUAUUAUUGUACUUGAUAUUUUGUAAAGUGUAUUGAGACCAUGUACCAUGAUUUUGCACUUUAAAUAAUAAAUUGAUUGAUAAGGAA